GCCGCAGCAGACACCGCGGGCAGAGCGCGCGCGUCCUGCAGCAGCAGAAACAGCACCUGUCGGUUUUUAUUGUAUUUCUUCAGGAGGCAGACCACAUGCACGCGGAUCUGUGGAUGCUGGAGGAUUCAGCUGCAGUUGGUUUUAUUGCACCAGGGGCGUCCUGUGAAGCCGCCGAUCCUCAGACGGGAACAGUUCCAGAGUAAAUUAAAGAUCCGGAGCAGCCGUUUGGAUUCGACCUCUGCACCGGACACAAUGAGAGGCUGCCUGCUGACAGCAAUCCUUCUCCUGCCCUUGGUGGCCUGCGAGUCGGAGCACUGUAUCAUAAAGCGGGAACAUGAGAAAUGCAUGGAGAUGAUGACGUUGCACAACCCAGAUGGCACUGAAUAUGCCUGUUCGUGGAUGUGGGACAACCUGACCUGCUGGCAGGCGGCCAACGUGGGCGAGGUGGUGGUGGUCAACUGUCCCGAGUUCAUUCACGACUACAUCGGUCCAGACGAAGGCGAGCAGCGCCGCCAGAUCCAGUCCAGACAGAAUUCUGGAUCCUUUAGUCUCACUUCUGUCUAUCUUCCAGAAAUGGGGCGGGUCAGCCGGAACUGCACCGAGUACGGCUGGUCGGAGCCUUUCCCGCACUACGUGGACGUCUGCUUCCUCUAUGACAACACCACCAAACCGGACAUGUACUACGCAUCGGUCAAAGCUCUGUACACGGUCGGGUACAGCACUUCUCUGGUCUCCCUGACCACCGCCAUGGCCAUUCUCUGCAGGUUCAGGAAGCUCCACUGCACCAGAAACUUCAUCCACAUGAACCUCUUCGUGUCCUUCAUCCUGAGGGCCAUUUCGGUUUUCAUCAAGGACGGGGUUCUGUACGCCCAGGAGGACAGCGACCACUGCUUCACGCACACGGUGGCGUGUAAAGCAGUAAUGAUUUUUUUUCAUUACUGCGUGAUGUCCAACUACUUCUGGCUGUUCAUCGAGGGUCUAUAUCUCUUCACUUUGCUGGUGGAAACCUUUUUUCCUGAGAGGCGCUACUUCUACUGGUACACCAUCGUAGGAUGGGGAACUCCCACCAUCUGUGUGACGGUGUGGGCGGUUCUGAGGCUUCACUUUCACGACACCGGAUGUUGGGAUACAAACGAGCACACUGCCCUCUGGUGGGUGAUCAAGGGACCUGUCGUAGCAUCCAUCAUGAUCAACUUCGUCCUCUUCAUCGGAAUCAUCAUCAUCCUGGUGCAGAAGCUGCAGUCGCCCGACAUCGGAGGAAACGAAUCCAGCAUUUACCUCAGCUGUGCUCAGAAAUGCUUCAGUGAGCCCACACAGGCUGUUCAGCAUUCGUGCAGGAUGUCAGAGUUAUCCAACAUCACACUGCGUCUGGCGCGCUCCACGCUGCUGCUCAUCCCGCUGUUCGGGAUUCACUACACCGUGUUCGCAUUCUCACCCGAGGACGUCAGCAAGAGGGAGAGGCUGGUCUUUGAGCUGGGGCUGGGGUCCUUCCAGGGUUUUGUGGUCGCUGUGCUCUACUGUUUCCUCAACGGAGAGGUGCAGUCGGAGAUCAAGAGGAAGUGGCGCAGCUGGACGGUGAACCGCUACUUCUCUGUGGACCUGAAGCAGCAGCGGCACCCUUCGCUGGCCAGCAGCGGCGUGAAUGGCGGCACGCAGCUCUCCAUCCUCAGCAAGAGCAGCUCCCAGAUCCGCAUGUCCAGCCCGCUGGCGGAGAACGCCAACAUCAGCCUCCCCACCUGAACGCCCCGACGCCGCCCGUCAACUUGAAGGUGCCGUUCCCGACCAACCAGAGCAGACCAAAGUGGCCCCUCCCACUGCGUUAUUUUAUACUUUACUGGAGCUGCCAAGAUGGAUUAUUUUAGUGUAGAAUUAGAAAACUUUGAAACAGUAAAACGCCCCUCUUUUGACAUAUUUAUGAUCAAACGUGAAUAUUUGGUGCCAAAAAUGAGAUAAAAGUACUUCAGUGUUAAAAAAAUAGGGGCCAAAUUUGGCGCUUGGUGUAAAGUCAAUGUGCUUAAAGUGCCAUUCUGGUUGGUUUCAUUACAGUCCAAAGUAUUAAAAAAAAGAAAUAAAUCAGCCAAAUGUUCUUCGCCUGGCCUGUACAAACGCGCAUCGUUUCAAUGUUUCAUCCUGAAGUUUUUCUACUUUCAGCCUGAGUACAAAGUAUGUCAAAAUACAUUUAUACACAUAAGGGAAAAAAGCUCAUGGAUCGUGUAAAUAGUUUGGUGUUUAGAUCAGUGAGUCUCUGACAUUGUGUUACAAAGACUUUCACCUUUUUAAAACAAAAGGAACUGGAGCCCAAAUCUGUAGACUUCAUCGUGUAUUCUGGGGACCGACUCGCAGUUUGUUCAAUUAAUCCAAAAAAAAA